AUGGAAGGCAAGGAGAGGGUGAAGAAAGAUGAUAAAGUUUGGGUUCAUGGAUUGGGUACUGGGCUCAAGUGCUGUAACUUGAUUUUGGAGUGUUUAAGAACAACAGCUGGGGAGUCUAAAAGCAACCCAUGGAAUGAUUAUUUCACGCCAGCACCGAAGCAGCCUGAGCAGGAUCCUAUUCCAUCCCCAGUUCGAUCAACACCACUAGCCCCAACAGCAACUCCUAGUCUACCACCAGUUCCAGUACAACCGACUCCCGCGAUCGAGCAGUCCACUCCAGCCCAAGCUUCGACCAGCAAGAAGAGAUAUAAGAGAAUAGUGGGACGUAUACUUCAACCGUCUCCUUCUCAGCCAGAAGCAGUAGACUCAGGAUCCGAGAGCCCUUCCCCUGUCAAACGCCGCCGCACGAGGGCGUCCAACACACAUUUGUUGGAGAACAAAGUUGAAGGUUCAAAGAGUAAACCCAAUGAUGGCAUGCAAAAUAAUGCCACGGCAAAAGAAAAAACCCCACUAGCAGAAGUUGAUGACCAAAGGGAAGCUAUAGAAUUAUGCCACGAUAAUAUUUUAGGCACUGGUGAGUACUUGGAGCUUGAUGAAGAAGUCAAAGAUGAGCUUAAGGAUAUUUCAAAGGAGACGGGUCAGUCUAGUUUACUCAUAGCUAGACCAGGACGAAGGGUGUUUUGGAGGAUGAAUAUGAUGAAAUCUCAUGAGGGAACUUCACAGGCUGCUGCAAACCAAUAUGCCACGACAAAUCUAGAUGCAAUCGAGGCUCUAACAAGACGUAGUCGUGGCUCAUGUUCAUAA